CUGGGACUUUGGCCGCGGGUUCCGCCGUCUCGGGAGCCCCCGGAGCCCUGGGUCCGGCCGCGGAGAUCGCGGCGGGGGUGGCGGCAGGCCUCCCGCGCAGCCGCGAUGCUGAGCUCCCGGGCUAAGGCGGCGAUGACCGCGGCCGACAGGACCAUCCAGCGCUUCCUGCGGACCGGGGCGGCCGUCAGAUAUAAACUCAUGAAGAACUGGGGUGUUAUAGGUGGAAUUGCCGCUGCGCUAGCAGCAGGAAUAUAUGUUAUAUGGGGUCCCAUUACAGAAAGAAAGAAGCGUAGAAAAGGGCUUGUGCCUGGCCUUGUCAACCUGGGGAACACCUGCUUCAUGAACUCCCUGCUGCAAGGCCUGUCUGCCUGCCCCACCUUCAUCAAGUGGCUGGAAGAGUUCACCACCCAGUACACCAGGGGUCAGGAGGAGUCCCCCCAACACCAGCGCUUGUCCUUGACACUGUUGCAUCUCUUGAAAGCUUUAUCCUGCCAAGAAGUCACUGAUGAAGAGGUCUUGGAUGCAAGCUGCUUGUUGGACGUCUUAAGAAUGUACAGGUGGCAGAUCUCUUCGUUUGAAGAGCAGGACGCUCAUGAGUUAUUCCAUGUCAUUACCUCGUCUUUGGAGGAUGAGCGGGACCACCAGCCCCGGGUCACACAUCUGUUUGAUGUGCAUUCCCUAGAGCAGCAGUCAGAAAUGACUCCCAGACAGAUCACCUGCCACACCAGAGGGUCACCUCAUCCCACAUCCAGCCACUGGAGGUCCCAGCAUCCUUUUCAUGGAAGACUUACUAGUAACAUGGUCUGCAAACAUUGUGAGCACCAGAGUCCCGUUCGAUUUGAUACCUUUGAUAGCCUUUCACUAAGUAUUCCAGCUGCCACAUGGGGUCAUCCACUGACCCUGGACCACUGCCUUCACCACUUCAUCUCGUCGGAAUCCGUGCGGGAUGUCGUAUGUGACAACUGUACGAAGAUUGAAGCGAAAGGGACGCUGAAUGGGGAGAAGGUGGAACACCAGAGGACCACAUUUGUCAAACAGUUAAAACUAGGGAAGCUCCCCCAGUGUCUGUGCAUCCACCUCCAGCGGCUGAGCUGGUCCAGCCAUGGCACACCCCUGAAGCGGCACGAGCACGUGCAGUUCAACGAGUUCCUGAUGAUGGACAUCUACAAGUAUCACCUCCUCGGACACAGACCUGGUCACCGCAGCCCCGAGCUGCAUGAGAAGGCUGGGCCUGCGCUGGAGCUGCAGGACGGGCUGGCAGCCCCCAAGCCAGUUCGGAAUCACCCGGGUGGCCCCAAAACACAGAUUUUCAUGAACGGCGCCUGCUCCCCGUCUUUCUUGCCCACGCUGCCAACCCCAAUGCCCUUCCCCCUCCCAGCUGUUCCUGACUACAGCUCCUCCACGUACCUCUUCCAGCUGGUGGCAGUUGUUGUCCACCACGGAGACAUGCACUCGGGCCACUUCGUGACCUACCGACGGUCCCCGCCUUCGGCCAAGAACCCUCUCUCCACCAGCAACCAGUGGCUGUGGAUUUCUGACGACACCGUCCGCAAGGCCAGCCUGCAGGAGGUGCUGUCCUCCAGCGCCUACCUGCUGUUUUACGAGCGUGUUCUUUCCAAGAUGCAGCACCAGAGUCAGGAGUGCAAGUCUGAAGAAUGAUUCUGCCCUGGCCCCGAAGCUAGAGCUGAUGGCUCCGUCCAAGCUGUGUGUGUGUAUGUGUGCGUGUGUGCUGUGCUGUGUACGUCCAAGCAGCCCCACUAGAGUCCUGCAGCCUUCUGGCGUGCUCUAAGAGCAGGCUCCACACAGGAGCUGGUGGCCCCGAUUCAAAGGAGGUCAGGCUCCCCGCACAGCUCUGCCCGCGCGCACCAGGGCAGCGGGGCCGGGCUAGGCAAACGGUCUUUGUGUCUAGAGCGUGUCUUGUCACUCACCUGAUCCAGGUAAUUAAAAGAAACCAGACUCCAGAAGCCACUUUUUUUAGAUUCUGAUACAUUAGGUGUUCUCAGAGGGGAGUUAACUUUGUCUGAUCCUCCAACGUUUCAGCACAGAUCUUUUAUUUUUAAUAAGCAGUCCCAUAAAAAUGGUUGAAUUAGUGAAAUUAUUAAAGGCAACAACUUCGAAGAAAAAGUGCCUUUUACCCUCAGUUGCUUUCGUAGCAUGUCCCUUCUGGAAAAUACACCUCAUCUGGGAAUCAUGUCAACAACUUUUGAAAAGCUCUGUACCUUCCAGUUACCGAAUGGAGAGCAACAGAACAGUUAAAAGACGCCUGAUGCACACCCGCCUUCCCUUUUUUAUGUCUUUUUCUAACCUUUCGAUUCUUUAUAUGUAGUAAAAGCUCAUUUGCCAAAUCUGCCCCUCGGGGAAAUUCUUUCUCUACUCUGUCAGUUACAAGUGACCAGCUUUCUCUUUGCUGUUGUCUUUUGUAUCCUGGACUCCGAGGUGUGAUUAUCGCGUAUUAUAAAACUGUGUGAACAGCCGGAACUCGAUGGCCUGUGUGCCACACCUACGACUCCUCCGCUCUGUAGAAAACGCCUUUCUCACACAAGGACCCCACGGUGGACAGCUAUUCUAUUUAUUUAUUGCCCAUGAAGAGCUCCUGAGGUUUACGGGUGGAGCCGGGGGCUGUGUCAGAAAGACAAUCCUGGCCUCCGUUUGAGAGCUGGAUUCUGAAGGAAGGGCACUGACCUUGGGGCUGCUGCCGCUCUGGACCUCAGUUUCCUCAUCGGUAAAGUGAUGAGUUAGAUUCCAUGACUAUCCAAGGCCAGCCCUCCCCACAAAAAAACUUUAAAAAAAAAAAAACUUUUUGAAAAUAAAAUUAUGGCUGAUAUCUAGUACUGUCAUUCUGUUCUAGGUCCAUAUUCUAAAUGUAUUCGUUUCCAGUAGCCUCUUACAAAAGGCCUCUCUUGGGCAUCCUCCCCUCUCUUCAGGUAAGUCUAAUGAAGGCAGCCCAGGGCCGAAGGAAUUUUGAUGACACAGGGGUAUCUAUGUUUUAGCUAGGCUCUUUUAUUUAAAACAAAAAACAAAUGCAGACUGACUCUUCAGAGAUAAGAUUUGGAAUCAGACACGUCCAAAAGGUCACCUGAGGUCAGGCUGAGGACUGUGCUUCCCCUGGUGGGGACCAGCUGGCAGACACUUGCAGACAAGGCCUUGGUGUCAGCUGAAAGUGCUAGAGACCCAGGUGAUCCCCAUUUCCCCAGGCCCAGCGUGCAUCCUGAGGACUCGGAACUCUCGCUAUUGACAGAACGGACUGUGAAGUUCUCCAGGCCACACACCUCAGGGAGAAAGGAGCCACACAAAGCUUCUGGUCUGUUCAUGGCAGACGUCCCUUCCUGACUUCUUACAGACCCUGGCUUUGACGGUGAAAGGCAAGUCCCCGUGGUACCCGCGUCGGGGGGAAACAGAUGCUCAAUCACGUGACCUUAACCUGCCUGGCAAAGUUGUAGCUUUGAGCAACUGCUGCUCUGCCGCUGCUUACGCUUUGCAAUCUGCCAUUAGAGAGAGAUGCCGGGCAUGAACGGGGCUCAUCGUUUUAGCGUUCAGUUGUAAGCAGAUCUUUGGUCGGAGGGAUUGAGCCACAGUUGUAAAUGUGAAUGAUCUCCGUGCAAAGUCUCUUCCCCUGACUUAAAGGCGACUUUCUCAUUUUUUGUAAAUCAUUAGGCAUUAAGUAGCAGCCAAAUACUCUUACUUCUAGGUUUAAGUUAUUUACAAAGUCGCUUCUUUUUCCAAAAACCUAAGUUAAACUCGUAGUUUAUGCCAUAAUAACUGCUGAUUUAUGUUUUUGCUAAAGGUACCUUUUGUAUCUGCUGUGCAUUAUAGCAAUAAAAGAAUCAUUUU